AUGUGAUAACAUUAUACAACAAGUAGCUGUGAAAAACGUGUUUGACUUAAUUAAAUUUGAAAUAAGUUCUAACGGUAACUUUUAUAAAAUGGGAUAAAAUAAUCGAUUACAUUGGUUGUAGUCUAUGUUAAAGUGAUAAAUUUAUGAGAAGCAUAAAACUAUUGAUCUGAAAAACUUAAUUGAAAUAUUUUCUAAUAUUUAUGUUUUGAUUAUAUUACAAAUAAAAUCAAUUAAUUACCAAAAUGGACUGUAUUCCAUUACAAAAAUAUUCCGACUUACUUUAUGAAAUAUCAAAAUACAAUGCAAGCACUAUUCCUGUUUAUGGUCCAUUUAAAAAACUAUUUAUCAGUGAUUGGGCCCAUUCCAAAAUUCAUCCUUGUGUAAUUCAGAGUUUUGAUAAAUUACUAGUUAGGCAAAUGAAACCUAUUCAACAAAAUUCAAUUGAAUAUAUUAUGAGAAAAAAGAAUAUUUCAAUGGUUGGAUUUUCAAAAGGGAAAUCAUUAUUAUAUUUAUCUAGUAUAAUUUCUUUAAUAUUAAAUAAUGAAAGUAUGAAUAAUUUAGAACUUGGACCAAAAUGUAUUAUUCUAAGUAGUUCAUUACAGUCUUGUAGUAUUAUAGAAAGUCUGAUAAAAAGUCUUAUUUCUUUUGUUCCUAAAAGAAAAAUCAAAGUUGUUCUUGCAAUGUGUACAUCAGUUUCAAUGCAACAAACUAUGAUUGAAAUAUGUAAUGGAUGUGAUUUUCUUAUUGCUACACCUUCUAACUUUCAAUAUUUAUUAAAAAAUAUGAAAAUUUUCAGAUGGUUAAAUUUAGAUUAUUUUGUUUUUGAUAAUAUGGAAUUGCUUUUAGAAAAUUAUAAAGAACAGAUGUUUUAUUUCUUUGAUUUGUUGACAAAGUUGAAAGAAAAUAGACAAAUUCAGUUUAUAUCAGCUUCUGUUAAAUGGAACAAAUAUUUGGAUGAAUAUUUAAAGCGUUUAUUUGUAGAUUGGCAAUAUGUGUUUGGCUCUCAUUUUGAAGCUGCUCGUUAUAUGAAUAUAGGUUUUUAUAUUAUAACAUCAAAAAAUGAUAAAUUGAGUAAAAUUUCAGAUUGUUUAAAAAAUAAUAUAAUAGGUCGUCAUUGUGUAUUAAUAACUUCAACUACAGAAGAUCAUAAUAAAAUUUAUAGUUAUUUAUCAAUGAGUAACCCUGAUAUAGAAAUUUUUUUGCCAGGAGAAAUACGAAGUGCUAAGAUGUUUGUGUCACAACAUUGGGAAAAACCACUGUCUAAAAAUAAAUAUGUGUUGAUUUGUAAUGAUGAUAUGUUGCAUGAUUUUUACAUAGACAACGCUGAUUGUCUAUUACAUUAUGAUAUGCCAUCAACAAAAGAUGUAUUUUCAAUAAGAUUUAGUGUCUUUCAGGAUUCAAAUACUAAUUUUGAAGAAAAAAAUCGUAAUACAUAUAUAUUUUUGAAUGAUGAAAAUAUAGUGGACUUACCUAAAAUUUUACAGCAAAUGAAAUUAUUUGGUAGUGGUAAAGUUGAUUCUGUACUAGAAACUCAGGCAAAGCUGAUUUCGGAAAGUUUAGAAAAAGUAAAGAAAAAUCUACUCUUCUGUCCUAACAUACAACAGUUUGGUAAAUGUCAAAAACCAGAAGCAUGUCAAAAUCGACAUGUUUUAAUAAAGGAAUUAGAUGAACCUUGCCAUAAUAUUCCAAAAUCUGGAUUUGCUAUAAUUAAAAUUUUACAUGUGUAUGAUGCCUCUCAUAUGUCUGCAAAACUUAUGAAAUUUAGUAAUAAAAACAUUGAGGAUUUCACAUCGUGGUUGAAUAUAGAAGAUAAUUCUUCUAAUAUAAAUUCUGAAAUGGGUUUAUAUUAUUCAUCUCAAAGUAAAAGAAUCCUUCAUGAAGCUCCAAAAAUCGGUGAUAAGAUAGCUGUAGAAAUAGAAAGUAAAGAUAGGGAACAAUGUAUUUAUGAUUAUUAUCGAGGAAUUGUAUUGGAAAUAAUUGAUAGUCACACAAUGAAUCCUAAAAUCAAGGUUAAAUUAAUAGACAAAGGAAUUGUAAAAGUAGUUUCUAAAUGGAGGGUGUUUGUACUUCCUAGUUUUUUAAAGGCUUUACAAACAAAUGUAGUCGACAUAAUUUUAGCUUCUGUAAAACCCGUUGAUUUUGAUAGAACUUGGUGUUCAAAAGCUGAUGUAUUUGUACGAGAACACUUAAAGUAUAUUGAAGAUUGUCAAGAGACUUUGGUUGUUAAGAUUAAAUUAACUCUAGGAACAACAGUUUGGAUAGAAAACUUAUUCAGAAAAUAUUGGCAUUCUAAAAAAAAAUUGUUUCAUCAUGAAUUAGUAUUGCCUGAUUUAUUAAUAGAUAAAGGAUUUGGAGAUAUGAACUAUGAACACAUUGAAAAACUUGUAGAACUUUGUAGUUUAGCAGAUAUAAAUGUAUUACCUAAUUUAAAAAAAAAAAAUUUAGACAUCAAACGUGAAUUUGGAAUAAAGGAAUAUAUGGCUAUGUAUCAACUACCUUCACCUCAAUGGGCACAUUUAAGUGAUGAAGUCUCAUUAGUUUCUAUUGAUUAUGUAUAUAGCCCCAAGCACUUUUUUGUACGUAACACAAAAUUUCAUGAUCGAUUAGAACUACUUCAAAAAAAAAUUGAUAGUUUUAUAGAAGCUAAUCAAGCAAUAAAAUUAAAUUAUGUUGUGAAAGAUGCAAUUUGUUUAGCUAAAAAUCCUGAUCUUGAGCCCAAUAAGUAUAAUCGAGCUAAGGUUACAACUAUUAGGAAUAACAAGUAUGUCGAGGUUUUAUUUGUAGAUUAUGGUGAAUAUAAAGAUGUUAAGCGCAGUAGUUUAGUAUCUAUCCAUCCAAAUUUAAUUUCUGAUUUACCAUUUCAAAUAAUUGAGUGUAGCCUUUGUGGAAUCAAAGAUUUAUCAAAUGAUCAAGAAGAAUUUAAUGAAUUAACUAAUUACUUUUAUCAAUUAACUGAAUAUCCAAUGUAUGUAAAAGUUGUUAAUACUCUUGAAAGAGCAAAUGACACUGAAGGCAAGCAUUAUGAUGUUAUACUUUACUAUGAAGAUUUGGUAGUAAAUUUGGGGUUUAAGCAUUUCUUUGGUGAUUUUUGUGAUGAUAUUCAAAUGGAUAAAGUUAAUAGUGUUAUUGAUGAUUUAUACAAGGAAACUAAUAAUGAUAUGACACUUGAAGAAGAGUAUGAGUUUGAUGAAAGCAAGUUUUUUAAUGAUUUAGAUGAAGAUAGUAUCGAUUCUCAAAAUAAAUUAGUGGAAGAAUUUGGUAUUGCUAUUUUUGGAGAAAACUUUAAGUCUAGUUUAAGAAAAAUAUUUCAAGAUAAAAAUGUUAAUAAUUCCUUGACUAUAAAAGAAAUAAUUACUGAAGAAAUAAGUUCAGAUAAUGAAUCACCAAACACAACCAAAUCUAUUGAAUGUAUUAAUAAAAGUGAGAUACCUGGAAAAAAUAAUAAUGAAGAAAUUAUUGAAAAAUCAAAGAUUAAAAUUAAAAACAAUCGUUCUGAGUAUUUACAAAAAUAUUGUUUAAAGUGUAAUACAAAUACACAAUCAAUAGUACCAACAUGUAUAUGGUAUCAGGAUAGCUGUUUUAUUUAUCUAAAAUUUAGUAUUUUAGAAAUAGAUUCAUUUAGUUUAAAUUGCUCUUUGGAAUCAAUAACAUUAAGAAUUCAAAGUAAAGAUGUAGUAUACAAUUUCAAAGCAUUAUUAUAUGGUUUUAUUGAUAAAGAAACAGUGACGAGUAAACAAAGUUAUGAUGGUUUUCACAUUAAAACUGAAAAAUUGUUUAAAUCAGUGUAUAAAUGGCCACAUUUGUUCCUGUGUAAUAGACCACACAAAUACUUAAAAUAUGAUCCAGAUCAUAUUGAAGAAUCAAGAGAUCAUUCCACUUGGAUAAAAGUUUUAAAUAAUUAUAAACUUAUGGCUCUUGGAAAACCAUUGGAUAGUAAUGCUGAAGAUUAUGAAUCAGACUAUAGUAGUGAUGAAGAGUCCUUUGAGGAGUUUGAAGACAGGAUUUAAAAAGUAUUUCUUUUUGUUUUAUUUAAUUAAAUUUUAAAAUAUGAAGUUGUUAUUAUUAAUUUUGUUUUUUUAUGAAGGAUAUUAUAUUUAUUUAAUUGAAUCAUAGUAAA